AAUAAUCUGUCAAAACUUGGUUUCUUUUGCGGCUCAACUCGAACUGACGUGGUUAAAAUUUCGUUAAUUCUAAAAACAACGUGAAAAUGGAUCUUUCUUCAAUGUUUGAUGAUGUAAAACGUAUGAAUAAGCGUCAAUUUCUUUAUCAAGUUUUAAGUUUUGGUAUGAUAGUUUCGUCUGCUUUAAUGAUAUGGAAAGGUUUAAUGGUUGUAACUGGUAGUGAAAGCCCUAUUGUAGUGGUUUUAUCUGGUAGUAUGGAGCCAGCUUUUCAUAGAGGCGAUUUAUUGUUUUUAACAAAUUACCAAGAUGAACCUGUGCGAGUUGGUGAAAUUGUAGUGUUUAAAGUGGAAGGAAGAGAUAUUCCGAUUGUGCAUAGAGUUUUAAAGUUACAUGAAAAAGAAAAUGGAACUGUUAAAUUUUUAACAAAAGGUGAUAAUAACAGUGUUGAUGAUAGAGGGUUAUACGCACCUGGUCAACUCUGGUUAACUAAAAAAGAUGUUGUGGGUCGAGCGAGAGGGUUUUUACCUUACGUGGGAAUGGUUACUAUUUUAAUGAACGAAUAUCCUAAGUUUAAGCUUGCUGUGUUGGCCUGUCUCGGUUUCUAUGUUUUAGUGCAUAGGGAAUAGCAGUUAAUUUGAAUAUUGUGUCUCAAUUAAAAAUAUAAAAAUCUUGAUACCUUAAUUUUUUUGGUAUUUAUUAUUAAAACAUUUCUAAAUCUUA